GAUUAUUUACAAAUUCCAAUAUUUUUGCCAGAAACACGUGUUCACCUCGUUCUCCUCUGAAACUUCAAAUUCUAGAGAGAAAAAUAAACAAUAGUCGCUAAAAACUAUUUUCCUAUGCGAAUUUAAUCGACUAUAAUGGAGGGAGUAGAAAAACUUGACGAAAUAUGUCCGCAAAAAGCGAUAAUAUUAUGUUGCGAAUGUGGUACAGGUAUAGAGCCAAAUCCUACAAAUAUGUGCGUACCUUGUUUGAGAACACAAGUUGAUAUCACAGAAGGAAUUCCCAAGCAGGCAACAAUCCAUUUUUGCAGAAAUUGUGAAAGAUAUCUACAACCUCCACAGGAAUGGAUUCAUGCAGCUUUGGAGUCACGAGAACUUCUUUCGCUUUGUUUGAAAAAAUUGAAGGGACUCAACAGAGUUAAACUAAUAGAUGCAGGUUUUAUUUGGACUGAACCUCAUUCCAAAAGACUAAAGGUGAAAUUAACAGUGAAUGCUGAAGUUAUUGGAGGCGCUAUUUUACAACAAGUUUUCGUUGUUGAGUUCGUUGUAAGUCAUCAAAUGUGCGAUGAUUGUCAUAGGACGGAAGCUAAAGAUUAUUGGAGAGCAUCAGUUCAAGUCAGACAGAAGUCGAUAAACAAAAAGACUUUCUUCUAUUUGGAACAAUUAAUAUUGAAGCAUAAGGCUCAUGAGCAAACUUUGGGAAUAAAACCCAUUCAUGAGGGACUUGAUUUUUAUUUUGCGAAUGAAGCAGCAGCUCGAAAAAUGAUUGAUUUCUUCACAUCAGUUUUGCCAUGUCGUUAUCAACACUCGAAAAAAUUGAUAUCACACGAUAUUCACAGUAAUACUUACAAUUACAAAUUUACCUACAGUGUGGAAAUUGUACCCAUUUCGAAAGAAAGUGUAGUGUGUUUGUCGAAAAAAUUAACUCAUCAAUUGGGAGGAAUAAGCGCCGUUUGUUUGGUUCAUAAAACAACAAACGCUUUGCAUUUAAUUGACGUUUCUUCCGGACAAGUUGCGGAAGUUAAUUCGACAAUUUAUUGGCGAGAUCCUUUCAAAAGCAUCUGCAACCCUAAGCAAUUGACGGAAUACGUCAUUAUGGACAUAGAGCCAAUAAAAGACAAAGACAAGAAAAUAUUCCCCGGACAAGGAGCUAUUUCCAACAAACACGUGAUUUCUGACGUUUGGCUCGUGAAGGCAUCAGAAUUGGGAAUUAAUGACAAUACAAUUCACACUCGCACGCAUUUGGGUCAUAUUUUGAAACCUGGAGAUUCGGCAAUGGGUUAUGCAUUGGGAGACAGCAACAUAAAUGAUUCGAAUUUUGAAAAACUGAAUCAGGACCUAGUGCCAGAAGUAAUUUUGGUAAAGAAAUUCUACGGCCACGAUAAAGCCGCUCGUCGUCGCGCUCGUUUAUGGAAACUGAAGCACCUCGCCGAAGAUGUUGUCAGCAUGAGCACAGAAAAUAAUGAGUACAACGAAUUCUUGGACGAUUUGGAAGAGGAUCCGGAAAUGCGACAAAAUAUAAACAUCUUUCGAGAUUCGAAAAAACAAAUUCCUGUCGACGAGGACGAUGUGAUCGAUCCGUCAAUCCCACAAAUUACUCUUGAUGAAAUGCUCGACGAUCUCUUUAUAGACGACGUGGAGAUGGCGGAUAGUACGGAAUGACGAAUUAAUUGUAAAUAAUUCUAUUUUACUUUUUUUCAGUUUUCCGGUUAUGAUAAUAAAAAUACAUAAAAAGAA